CAACACUGCGCACAGCAGACAGCUGGAGGGGAAGUAUGUGUAAAAAGAGAAUGACAUAUUUCCUCUAAUGGGUUUUCUUUAAGGAUGAACUUAUUUUUCUGCGAACCCCAAAAAGGGAUUAUUUAUUACGCAUCAUCAGCUUGUGAGUCGCAGCUCUAGAGUCUUGCCGGUGAGGGCAGAUCGCGGUACUCGCUCACGUCCGGCAGUGUGCGCGGCUCGCCGUUACUGUGCGGGCUUCAGGUCCUCUUCAUCACCGGCGCCAUGGAGGAGUGGAGGCAGUGCGGCCGGUGGCUCAUCGACUGCAAAGUUCUGCCCUCGAACCACCGGGUCGUGUCGCCGUCGGCGGCCGUGUUCGACCUGGCCCAGGCGCUCAGAGACGGAGUGCUCCUGUGCCAGACGCUGCACAACCUGUCACCGGGAUCCGUGGACCUGAAGGAGAUCAACUUCAGACCGCAGAUGUCCCAGUUUCUGUGUCUGAAGAACAUUCGGACGUUUCUGAAGGUCUGCCACGACAAGUUUGGGCUGCGGAACAGCGAGCUGUUUGACCCCUUUGACCUCUUCGACGUCCGUGAUUUUGGGAAGGUGAUCUCAGCCCUGUCCAGAAUCUCUCAUCACAACAUCGCUCAGAUUAAAGGCAUCAGGCCCUUCCCCUCGGAGGACACGGUGGUGAAUGAAGACGACGUGUACCGGAGCCUGGAGGAGCUGGCAGACGAGCACGAUGUCGGCGAGGAUGAUAUCUAUGACUGCGUGCCGUGUGAGGAAGACGACAUCUAUGAGGACAUCAUCAAGGUGGCGGUGCGACAGCCCAUGAUCAGGUACAUGCAGAAAAUGGGCAUGACGGAGGAUGACAAGCGGAACUGCUGCCUGUUGGAGAUUCAGGAGACAGAGGCCAAGUACUACAAGACCCUGGAGGAGAUCGAGAAGAGUUACAUGAUUCCACUGAAGCAAGUAUUAAAUCCACAGGAAAUGGAAGCCAUUUUUGUUAAUCUUGAGGAGGUGAUUAAGGUGCACUUUUCCUUGCUGAGAGCCAUCGAUAUGAACAUGAUGAGUGGGGCCAGCGGACUGGGGAAGAUCUUCCUGGACUUCAAGGAGCGGCUGCUGAUCUAUGGUCAGUACUGCAGCCAUAUGGAGAGUGCUCAGAAGACCCUGGACGAGCUCAUCGCCUCCCGGGAGGAUGUCAGGAUGAAAGUGGAGGAGUGCACCAGGAAGGUGCAGGAAGGGAAGUUCAAACUGCAGGACCUGCUGGUGGUGCCGAUGCAAAGGGUUCUGAAGUACCACCUCCUGCUGAAGGAGCUGUUGAGUCACACUGCUGAGCAGCCAGAAAGGCAGCAGCUGAAGGAGGCGCUGGAGGCCAUGCAGGACCUGGCGAUGUACAUAAAUGAGGUGAAAAGAGACAACGAAACCUUGAAGAAGAUCAGCGAAUUUCAGAGCUCCAUUGAAAACCUGCAGGUGAAACUGGAGCAGUUUGGGAGGCCAAAGAUGGACGGCGAGCUGAAGGUGUGCUCCAUCGUCAACCGCACCAAACAGGACAGGUACAUAUUCCUGUUUGAUAAGGUGGUGAUCGUCUGUAAGAGGAGAGGCUACAGCUAUGAGCUGAAGGAAAUCAUCGAGCUCCAUUUGUACAAAAUGACAGACGACCCCACGAACAACCGAGACGUGAAGAAGUCAAUCGGGAAAAUGUGGUCCUAUGGGUUCUACCUGAUCCACCUGCAGGGGAAGCAGGGUUUCCAGUUCUUCUGUAAGACGGAGGACACUAAGAGGAAGUGGAUGGAGCAGUUUGAAAUGGCCAUGUCCAACAUAAAGCCAGAGAGAGCCACUGCCAACCAGCACGACUUCCAGAUGCACACGUUUGACAAGAACACCAGCUGCAGGGCCUGCAAGAUGCUGCUGAGGGGUAUCUUCUAUCAGGGCUACUACUGCUCCAGGUGCGGAACAGGGGCCCAUAAGGAGUGCCUGGAGGUGGUGUCCAUCUGCAAAAUCAGUCCAAAUGAUGCAGAAUCUGGACCACCUGCCGCAGGUCCAAAGAUGGUGGCAGCUCGGAAUUAUCACGGGACCCCGGCCCCCCCCGGGAAGCCUGCGCUGUCCUUCCAGACGGGCGACGUCAUCGAGCUGCUGAAGGGUGAUCCCGACAGCUCCUGGUGGGAGGGGAAGCUCUUCCAAUCCCAGAAGACUGGUUUCUUCCCCAGCUCCUGUGUGAAGCCCUGUCUCGACCCAAAGCCUCUACAGGCUCCGCCCAGUCGCCAGUCCUCCAAAGAGGUGGAUUAUAAUGUCUACCCAUGGUUUGCGGGGAACAUGGAGCGGCAGCAGGCUGACAACCUGCUAAAGUCCCACAGCAGCGGAACCUACCUGAUCCGUGAAAGAACCGCAGAAGCAGAGAGAUUCGCCGUCAGCAUCAAGUUCAACGAUGAGGUCAAGCACAUUAAAGUGGUGGAGAAGGACAACUGGAUCCACAUAACUGAAGCAAAGAAAUUUGAAACCCUGGUGGAGCUGGUGGAGUAUUACCAAACACACUCUCUGAAGGAGAGCUUCAAGCUGUUGGACACAACGCUACGGUACCCCUACAAAUCCCGAGAGCGCUCCAACUCCCGGUCCAGCACGCGCUCCCCAGCCUCCUGUGCUUCUUACAACUUCUCUUUCCUGAGUCCGCAGAACUCGGCUCCCUUCUGGUCAGUGUUCACCCCAAGGGUCGUCGGCACGGCAGUCGCCAGGUACAACUUUGCAGCGCGCGAUCUGAGAGAGCUCUCCCUGAGAGAGGGCGACGUCGUCAAGAUCUACAGUAAGAUCGGGGGCGACCAGGGCUGGUGGAAGGGCGAGACCAACGGCCGGGUGAGCAAACGGACGACCCCCCUCACCCACUGA